AAUAUUUUGGAGCUAUAAAAGUGGAAGCCUCAACGAAGAAGCAGAGCAGAGCCUACAAUAAUGGGUUGUAGCAGUGUGAGUCAUAGCAAUCUGAAGAACGCUAUCAUAGCAUUCUUGGUCCCUCUACCCUCCAUUCUAUUCUUCCUCUCAUUCAAAUCAGCCUACUCACAAUCUCCAUCUUCUUGGUCAGCUCUGUGGACAUGGUGCUAUCACCACCCUUUGCUAUUAGCCAACGUCCUUUUCUUCUUCAAUGUGAAUUUCCUCUUCUGGCUCAUCGGCCUAAUCCAAUCCACCCACUGGAUGAUUGACCCGUAUUGGACAGUGAUACCUGUGAUGCUUGUUCAUUACUAUGCAAGUCACCCUUUGGGUGAGUAUAACUGGUUGAGGUCGAGGGUGGUGAUAUUGCUGACUUGGGUGUGGAGCAUUAGGCUGAUCCACAACUACUUCAGGCGAGAAAAGUGGCAGUGGGGUGCCAGGGAGGAUUGGCGUUUCACUGAUUUGAGCCAACAGUAUGGAAGGCUUUGGUGGUGGGCUUCCUUCUUCGCCAUCUACGUCCCUCACCAGGUGCUUCUGAUUGGAUUAUCACUUCCGUUGCAUGUAAUCCACUCGGUGAAUGAGCCUUUGAGCAUGUGGGACUUGGUAGGCACAGUUGUGUGUAUCUGUGGCGUUGUCAUAGCGUACACGGCUGAUACUCAGCUUUACAACUUUGUGAGUAGAAAGGAGGAGGAAGGAGUAGGGGUCCCUAUUCUUGAGAAAGGGUUGUGGUAUUACUCUCGGCAUCCCAAUUACUUUGGAGAACAAGUGUGGUGGUGGGGACUGGUUGUGUUUGCUUGGAACCUGGGACAUGGAUGGACUUUCAUAGGGGCAUUGGCUAAUACCAAGUGUUUGGCUUAUGUGACCAAACUUGUGGAGGACCGAAUGUUGAAACAAGAUAACAGAGCAGAAGCGUAUACCCUCUAUCAGAAGACAACUUCCGUCUGGCUACCUUGCUUCAAGUACUCUCCUUUAGAACUCAAAUCUAAGGAUGCCUAAUUCAUCUUCUUUCUUAGUACUCUACUCUCUGUUUCUUGCUUAGUUCAUUCUACUCUCAUCACCAACUUCUACUUUAUUUUGCCUCGUUUGCUCAUUAUGUGAGAGGCCCAUCAGUUGGAUCAAGCUUCUGUACUCACUCAUUUUUGUAUAAUAUUUAUCAGUAAUCUAAUCCUAGCUCUUCAUUGCAUAUAUUA